AUGAAGAUCCUCAACAGCAUUACCCGUCGUAUCCGCCGUCUCCCGUCCGCAUUCUCAUCCUCAGCCCUCCACCGCACGCACUACACCGGCUCUCUCCUCUUCAACCUCGCGUCAUUCAUCCUGCCCGCUCUAUACGGCACUUUAUCCAAACUGUGGGUCGCAAACAUUGACUCAUCAAUGGUGGUGCUCACCGACGCGUAUACAUACAUGAACACUGCUUCUGAAGCCGUCAAUGAAGGAUUGCCGAGAGCUGCGUGGGUCAUUAUUGGAGAUAAGGCCUCGCGGUCGCUGGGGAAGCGUCUUCAAUUGACGCAUACCCUAAUCACGUUCCAAUCUGUCAUUGGGUUGAUAUUGAGUAUUGUCUUCCUUGCUGCUGCGUCGUCGUUUGCGAAUAGCUUCGUCCCUGAGGAAGUCCGCGAUGCGAGUUUGACUUAUGUUCGUAUCGCUUCAUUCACCGUAUUCAGCGGAGCGCUCGAAACUGCAGUGGCAACAGCGACAAGGGCUUUGGAUAAACCUGACAUUCCACUGGCGAUCAGCACCGUCAAGUUUGCUGUUAACAUCAUCCUUGACUUUCUUCUCAUUUCGAAAUUCCAUGUCGGUUCCUUUACUCCCACCGUCAACAUGCAAGGCACUAUACAACUGGUCUGUAAUCUUGUCGCGGCAUUUGCAGGACUUAUUUACUUUCUCUGGUCGAAUACCUGGUCGUUCAAGAGGCACACAUCCCAUGACCCUCAAGAGAGGCUGCGUCCAAGCUUUGACGCUCUCAAAGUCCUUCUUCGGCCAGGGCUGGUCUUCUUCACCGAGUCAGCUGUCAGAAAUGCUUUGUAUCUCUGGCUGGUCAGUACCAUCGUUGCUCUAGGAGCAGUGUACGCUACAGCUUGGGGUGUCUUCAACACUAUCCGAUGGGGUUUGAUCAUGGUUCCCGUUCAGGCUUUGGAGGCAACAGCGUUGCAAUUCAUCGGUCACAACUGGGGCGACUGGAGAAGGCGCGUCGACAUCAGCACACAAAAGCCUCAAGCAUCAUUGAAGGACCUUCGUGGCAUCGUACGCCCAGCUUUCAGAUCAUUAGUUAUCGCCCUCGUUUUCGAAGUCCCGAUAGCCAUCUUCCUCACGCUCUUCGGAGCAAAGCCCUUUGCAUCAUACAUCAGUGGCUCAGAGGAAGUCGCAGAGGUCACAGCUUACAUGUGGCGAAGUCUGGACUGGUGUUAUAUCUUUUACGCGAUGUCAACUCAGCUUGCAACGAUUCUUCUGGCAACGCGACCGAGAUGGUAUUUGUAUCAGAGUCUUGCAAGCAAUCUGCUUUAUGUACUGCCGUGGGCGAUCGCAUGUCAAGUGGAUGACUUGAAUGACAGUAAUGCAUGGUGGUAUUAUAAGUUUGUGUUUGGGGGUAGUCUCGUGUUCAGUUUUGGGACAAUUCUGGUUGUGGAUUCGCUAUGGGCUUGGACGUUAUAUCAUGGUAAGACUGAGUUGGAGGAGUUCCGAGAGUGA